CGCUAAAAUACGAAACGAUCCCAAAUUUGGGCUUUGGCUGCUCUCUCUCCUCUUCUCGUUCGUUCCUUCUCUUCCUCUCGCUCCUGGGCUCGGGAAAUGGAGAGGAUACACGUCAGCGUCAGAGCUCGGCCGCUGUCGCCGGAGGACGCCAAGACCAGCCCCUGGAGAAUCUCCGGCAAUUCCAUCUUCAUCCCCAACCACUCCUCUAAGUUCGAGUUUGAUCGAAUUUUCGGGGAAGAUUGUCCGACUCAGGAAGUAUAUCAAGCUCGAACCAAAGACAUUGUUGCCGCUGCUGUUCGCGGAUUUAAUGGCACAGUCUUUGCCUAUGGGCAAACGAACAGUGGCAAGACACAUACUAUGCGGGGGUCAGCUGCGGAACCUGGGGUCAUCCCGCUUUCUGUUUAUGAUUUAUUUGACACGAUUGAAAAGGAAAAGGACCGUGAAUUCCUGUUAAGGAUGUCUUAUAUGGAGAUCUAUAAUGAGGAGAUUAAUGAUUUAUUGGUCCCUGAGCAUCUGAGGCUUCAAAUCCAUGAAAAUUUAGAGCGGGGCAUCCAUGUGGCUGGCUUGCAAGAGGAGAUAGUUGCCUCCCCUGAGCAAGUCCUUGAACUCAUGGAGAGUGGAGAGUCUCAUCGUCAUAUUGGAGAGACCAAUAUGAAUGUCUACAGUAGUAGGUCGCAUACCAUCUUUCGCAUGAUAAUUGAGAGUCGGGACAUUCAGCAAAAGAGGAAAACUGAGAGUGGGGACAAACACGAAGAUGAAGGUGGCCAUACUUCUUGUGAUGCAGUCCGUGUCUCAGUUCUAAACCUAGUGGACCUUGCCGGCUCAGAGCGUGCUGCAAAAACUGGAGCGGAAGGUGUCCGACUUAAAGAGGGUUCCCAUAUAAAUAAAAGUCUGAUGACUCUGGGUACUGUGAUAAAAAAGCUAAGCGAAGGAGCUGAGAGUCAGGGAGGUCAUGUUCCAUAUCGGGAUAGCAAACUUACACGCAUUUUGCAACCUGCUCUUGGUGGAAAUUCAAAUACAGCCAUAAUAUGCAAUAUCACGCUUGCUCAGGUUCAUGCAGAUGAGACUAAAAGUAGUCUCCAGUUUGCAAGUAGAGCACUCCGUGUCACCAACCAUGCCCAUGUCAACGAGAUUUUAACAGAUGCUGCUUUGUUAAAGCGUCAGAAGAAAGAAAUUGAGGAGCUUCGAGCUAAAUUGCAGGGUUCUCAUUCCGAAUAUUUGGAAGAGGAGAUUUUAAAUCUAAGGAACACACUACUGCAGACUGAACUUGAGAGGGAGCGAAUAGCACUAGAGUUGGAGGAGGAAAAGAAAGCUCAUGCUGAACGUGAGAGAAGGUUACAAGAGCAAGCCAAAAAAAUUGAAAACUUGAGCACAAUGGUUCUCUACUCAAGUAGAGAUGAGAAUCGAGAUAAUAUAAAAAAAGGUAAGAGGCGGGAUACAUGGUGCCCUGGUGCUCUAUCUCGAGAGACUCUUGGAGAGGCACGACCAACUAUUGAUGUAAAGGGCUCUGCGGGCAAAACUGCAAGUUCUAGGCAUGAGAUGGGUCCGCUUCUUCCUUUCGACGAGUUAGUCAAUGAAAUUGAAGUUGGUCUUGACAAUUCAUGUAAAAUAGAGGAAGAUCAUGACCAUGGUGCGCAGGAAGACUCUAUCAUUCCAAAUCCACAAUCUUUGAUGCACGUAACAAGUAGGAGGAAAGCAUCAACAAGAAACAAAACUGUUGCUGAGGUGAACAUAAAUCCUGUGGAAAUCCAUGCAGCGUAUGACGAUUUGCUUAUAAAAUUUGAAAAUCAAAGAAUCGCCAGUGAAAUACAAAUUGAUUGUUUGAUGAGAAAGCUUGCUGAGGUUGAUUCGUCUUCUAACAUUAGACAAACAGAUGACAUCAUAAGUUCCAGAGAGUCAGAAGCUUUGCUUGUGAUCAAACAACUUCAAGAGCAGAUUAAGAAUUUGGAGAUGGAAAAAUCUAUGAGCCAGCACAAUCAUAAUAGUGUCAUGCAGCUGACUGAGGAACAGAAUAAAUCGAAAUUUGAAGAGCUUCAUGAAGAACUUCUCAAGGCAAAGGAGGAGGCAAGACUUGCUUGUGAAAAAAUUACUUCCAUAAGAACCCCAAUUGAAACUUAUGAGAAUGAGAUUGACACUGUGGUCAAGCUUUCGACCGAUAUCGGAGAUUUGGUAAUGGAAGUUCAGAAUUUGAAAAACUUUGUUGAGGGCAUCGUUUCACUUGUGGAUGAUGUUUUUCAAAGUUUCUCUUCAAUGCCAGACACUUUUGUAGACUUGAAGGAUUUUGCAAGAGAAACUCUCCUGCAACAUAAUGUCAUCAUCAGUGACUAUGACAAGUUGCAAAGUUGCUUGAAGCAAAAAAUUUCUCAACUUGAAAGUGAGAAGGUCCAAUUACAUAGGCACUUUGAUGAUCUCCAGAAACAAAUAGAGGACUUGAAAAAUGAUAGGCACAAUUCUGAGAAAAGCUUGACUGCACUCAAGGAGCAGCAAGAGUCGGAAAUGUUAGAACUCCUUGUUCAAAUACAGAAUCUCCAGAAGGAAAAUUCAGGCUUAUCAUCUUCUGCCCUGGCAAAAGAAAGGGAAACUUUGAGGAAAGAUUUAGAGAAGACAAAAUUGAAGUUGAAAGAGACUGAGUUCAAGCUCAAGAAUGCUGUUCAAGAGAAAACUAAACUUGAGGGGGAGAAAGCAUCAGCUGAGCGAGAAAUAAAAUUAUUACACGGCCAGAAGGCUCUUCUUGAACGUGAUAUCAAUAAACGUGAGUCAUUGGCUGGUCGACGGCGUGAGUCUGUUAUGAUUGAUUCGAAGAGAUCAAGGACUCAAACUGUUACUGUUGAUCAGACAAUGCAGGAAGAAUACAGACAACUGGAAGUUCUUGCAUUUGAGAUGGAGUCAACUAUUGCUUCCUUGGAAGAGGAGUUAGCUGCUGCAAAGCAUGAGAACGGAGAUCUUACCUCUAAAAAUGAAAGUCUGGCCUCAGAGCUGGAAUACCAAUCUGAAAAGAUUGGCUUAUUAAACUUGGAACUCAAUAAAUUGCACGAAGAAGUAGAGAAGCUUAAUCUGGAACUUCAAGAAUCUAAUUCCUACAAGCAGCAGAUGGAAAUCUCCAUAAUUAAGAUGGCAGAAGAGAAGGAAGAGUUAGCUCUGCAACUCAGUGAGUCCCUAUUGGAAAUGGAGGAGGAGAAGGCCAUAUGGUGCAGCAAAGAGAGAGCCUCUCUCCAAGCCCUAGAAGAAAAGGCAAAGUUGUACAAUGUGGAGAAGGCAUCAUUAUCAAAAGAAAUGGAGAAGGUGAGGAAGGAGCUCCAGUCCUGGAAAGAAAACUGCAAUGCACUUGGAGAAGAAUUGCGGUGUUCUGAGGAAGAUGUGGAAAGGGAGAAAAAAUGCAGUGAAGACAAGAUUGUGGAAAUUGAACAGCUGAAAAACGACCUAAGGUUAGCUGUCAGCGAGAAUGAAAAACAAGCUCAAGAAAAUCUGAGCGACCAACUUCUUAGUAUGACAUAUGAUCGCGAUAGAUUGAAAAUGCACUGUGAAGAGCUCCAAAGGCAUGUUCUUGAGCUGGAAUCCUCCAAGAGAAGUUAUGAUAAUAAGUUAUCGGAGGCAGAAGCCCAGGCAUGCAAACUAGCGGAAAGGAUUUCAAGCAUGGAAGUCAGUAUGCAAAAUGAGAAAACCGAAGACAGUAAGGAAAAAGCGAAACUGAGGAUAAGGCUGCGGUGGACGCAGGCGAAGUUGGACGCCUUCCGGCACAGGUACACAGAAGUAUUGAACGACCGUGAGUUAAUGGACAGGAAGUACGAGGAGGCCUCUGCAAAACUUAAGGGUCGUUUGGCAGAGUCCGCAGUCGAGGUGCUCAAUCUCACGAAGCAACUAGCUGCUGCUAGGGGGCUAAGAUCGUAGAUGAACUGACGACCUGCCUAGGCUUAACUAGGAAGUUGACUAAUGUUAACUAGGUGUAGUCGAAGAAGUAGCAGAAACGAAUUCGCUGCAUAGAGAGAGAAUUUGCACCACACUGUACAUAAUAUAAUUUACAUACUUCUACGGCGUGGUUUAGUUCCAUGGAGACCCUUUUUAUGCUAAAAUUAUAGGAGCAUAAUUUAUGUGUGAUGUAAUCUAUCUUAGAUCACUUCAUUUAGAUA